CCCAAAAAAAACAGCGAACCCCUAACAAGAUCUGCAGGAGAGAGCGAGAGUCGCCAGAUCUGAAAAACAAACUAUACAAGAAACAUAAAAACCAAACAACAAGAACAAACAAGAAAACCAAAGGGGUUACCAAAGGGGACCCAAAAACCGACAGAUCCGGGAGGGUCGUCGGAGGGGGGAGCACAGGGCGGCUCCAACCAUGCUUGAACGGCCAGGAAAUCCGGCGGCUCAAGCAUCAAAACCUCGGAAGCUCAAAGGCUUCCGAGCAAAAACAACACAGCGGCGGAGAAGGGAGGCAGAGGCAGGAGAGAAGGGAGAGAAAAGGGGGAAAGAGAGAGAAUUUUUGAGAUGUAGUUAGUGUUUUUAUAUUUUAUAUGUUUAAAAUGCCCAAGUCCAGACCAGACUUAAACAAUAGGGGUCACACCAGACUUAAACAAUAGGGGCGUACGGAUACGUGGAUGAGUUGGUAAUGAAUUUUUUCAGUUUAA